AAAACCCUUGUAAGGCUAUUGCGGAGUCGUAGACUUGCGAGAGAUCGUUCAUGUCGUUGUCACCGUCACUGCCCAACAAAACCAAAGCAACCCGAGCUCAAGCUGACAUUCCUCCUUCCUCUAAGCCUCCUCUUUAUGCUUCCACGCCUCUCCCCUCUCCUCCGCAACCUCCACCCACCUCCACUUCUCUCUUCGAGGUCUCCUUCCAUGGCGCGUGUCCUCUCGCGCCCCACUCCGCUCCCUCUCAGCCCCGCUCCCAAGACCAUUUCCUCCAUCCGUGCCUCCGCGCAAUCACGCUUUCUUAUCAAUACGAGUAGUCUACAUGUCUCUCCGUCUCUGAAAUCUUCGCUUUCCGGUCGGGGGUUCGACUCUCUCUGCAGAGAAGAUGGGAGGGGUUUGAGGCCGCUGGGAAGGGUUUGGGCCGCUCAGAGAGAGUAUCGGAAGGUGAGGAGGCGGCCUUCGAAGAGCAAGGAGAAAGAAUUGGAGCUCAAUGUCAGUAUUUGCAUUGAAGAAGAUUUGCCCGACGAUGCUGAAAUUCUGAGUAUUGCAGAAAUGCUUCGUUUAAAUGUUCCAAUGGCAAUGAAAUUAGCAUUUGAUGGCUUAAAAGAUUCUGCAUAUAGAACAAGGGAUACUGCUAUAAGUGAUGUUGGUGGAUUUGAAAACGUAGAGUUGUCUCUGCUUCUUUGCAAUGAUGAGUUCAUUUGCAAACUCAACAAAGAAUGGAGGGAUGAGGAUCAUCCCACUGAUGUUCUCUCCAUGUCACAACGCCCUGAACUUAAGCUUCCAAUUCUUCUGUUAGGUGACAUUGUAAUUUCUGUUGAGACAGCUGCCAGACAAGCUGAGGAAAGAGGGCAUACUCUUCUUGAUGAGAUACGCAUCCUCAUGGUGCAUGGGCUGUUACAUCUUUUGGGAUUUGAUCAUGAGAUCAGUGAAGAGGCUGAAGCAGAAAUGGAAAAGGAAGAGGAACGCCUUUUGAAGAGUCUCGGGUGGAAGGGGAAAGGAUUAAUUCAGAGUGCAUAUGAUGCUGAAACAAAUGCAAACUCUUAUAACGAAUAUACAGAUGACAGGAAGAAAGAAGGCAGUCUUCGAUUUUAUAAACCGAAGUUCAACUAUAUCUUCUGUGAUAUGGAUGGUACGCUGCUAAACAGCAGAAGUCAAAUUUCAUCAGCAAAUGUCAAGGCCCUGAAAGAGGCUGUGUCAAGGGGUGUAAAAGUGGUGAUAGCCACUGGAAAAGCCCGUCCAGCUGUGAUAAGCAUUUUAAAAAUGGUAGAUUUAUCUGGAAAAGAUGGUGUUGUUUCAGAAUUUUCUCCCGGGGUUUUCUUACAGGGUUUGCUUGUUUAUGGUCGACAAGGUCGGGAAGUUUUUAGAAGGAAUUUAGAUCCAGAUGUCUGCAGAGAGGCUUGUCUUUACUCCUGGGAGAAUAAAAUUCCUCUCAUCGCAUUCACCAAAGAUCGAUGCUUAACCCUAUUUGAUCACACACUCGUUGACUCACUGCACACUAUAUAUCAUGAGCCAAAGGCAGAGAUCAUGCCAUCAGUUGAGCAUCUCUUGGCUGCAGCUGACAUACAGAAAAUGAUCUUCUUAGACACUCCUGUGGGAGUGGCUACCACUUUGCGGCCAUACUGGACAGAAGCAACAAGAGAUCGUGCCACUGUUGUUCAAGCUGUGCCAGACAUGCUUGAAAUUGUUCCGCAUGGAACUUCAAAAGGGAGUGGAGUAAAAAUUCUGCUUGAUCAUUUGGGUAUCACUGCAGAAGAGGUAAUGGCUAUUGGCGAUGGAGAAAAUGACGUUGAGAUGCUUGAGCUGGCUUCAUUGGGCGUUGCUCUUAGUAAUGGAUCAGAGAAGACGAAAGCUGUGGCCAAUGUAAUUGGUGGCAGCAACGAUGAGGAUGGCGUUGCCGAUGCCAUCUACCGGUAUGCGUUCUGAGCUUCGUUUCAUGACUAUAUAUGCUAGACACUUUCAAGGGUGGCGACGUGUUGCUGGUUUCCCUUUUUUUUCUCAAUUAUUUUUCUCUCAGGAGAAACAUUAAAUGAGCUCAGCCAAAAGGGCGAGAACAAAUCUAUUUAUACUCAUUGAAUCAGAUUUGAAAUAAAUUUCAUCUCGAAUUUUCCUUUUUA